AUGAGCCCGGUUAAAGACACGAGACGCUUUUCUACCUUUGAUUCACCUACGCACGGACAGAGCAAACGAAACACAACAUCGGCAGAAGACGAAAACUUUAGGCUCCAAAAGAGACUCGCACAAAUUAGAUCCAGAAGUCGUUCGAUGGGUGCAGCUCCUAAUGGUCUUCAAGAUAAACUGCAGUCGUCUAGCAUUGGCGGAACUGCAGAAUCAGCGGCUAUUUCUACUGCAGACUCGUCCAAAAAGAAAUCUUCUGGGCUGCCUCGCUCAGUAACAGCUCUCACUGCUUCUGCAAAGGCUAAACAGGGAAUCACCCCAGAAUCUCCCUCAAGGCGCCCAAAAUCGAUAGCAAAUCCAAAGACAAACCCUACUCCUCGAUCACGAUUACCAACUUCUGCAAAUAUCGCUACUUCAACCAAAAACCAAUCUACCCGUUUGGCCACUCCCUCAUGUUACCCACCAGCCAAGGACAUCUCACGUAGCACGUGUACUACCGAACACAAAAAACCAAAAGAAGAUCAAGUUAAGCUUAACAACAACCUUAGCACAAACACAAACACAACAGAUACAGAUGAGGACUUUACAUACUUUCCACCCAAUCCAAGAGAGGAUAUCAUAUUUGAUCGCAGUGGAGAACAGGAGCGCGCUUUUCUACGUCGAAGGAUGAGCAUGCCCCCCCUCUUUGAUGCCGACACCCAACUAAAGAUCCAAGCUGAGGAAGAAGCUCUUAAGAACGACCACAAAGACGACACCGCCAACGACAACGACAACGACAACGACAACGACGAAAACGACAACGGUAACGGUAACCCUCUUUGCCAGGAAUUGAAUGAAAUAAAGUCUCGAUUGCAGCGACUUGAAAAGUUUGAUAUUCCGUCGCCUAUGAAGAGCCCCAAACAUGUCCUUCGGCCAAUGCAUUCAGCAGAUGGACCUCUCUCUCCCGUAGUCUCUCCUCGCUCAACCAAUGGGCCAUCAAAAGCCCAGACAAGACCACGAUCCCCUGCCUCUUCUAUUCCUAUCCCAUCGCGGACAAUUAAGCCCAGAACUAAUUAUCUCCAGAAAUUGCUGUGUGCUGCCCUGGAAACAUAUGAGCAGACGGCAUCGAAGCAACGCAGCUAUCAGCAGAUCUCAGACGCGUCUGUUAAACUACCUUCUGAACGGCUUGCAGAGAAAAUGGCUAGCAUUGUUGGUGAGGCUGUAUUUGUGAACCAGCUCUUGUGGGCAAUCAUUCCUCCAAAUUCCGAUGUCGAUCCUUCUCUGACUGCUGCUCUUGAGAAGAGUAGCGAUGAUCAAGUGAAGUUGCUUACAGAGGCGCUUCACAUCAUGACCGAAACCACAUACCCCUCCUCCUCUCCUCCCGCCCUUCGUCAGUCAACGAUGACCCGUGUACGGACCUUUUCGUUUUCGGAUCAUGAGGAUAGACUUUCUAGACCAAACUCCUAUUCCAGCUAUGAUGCCUCAUUACCAGACAGCAUCCCCAGUCCAGUGAGUAGACAUCAGAGACCAAAGCAGUACUACUCAGACGACACAGCCGACACAUACAUUACAAAACCAACCUUGAUAGACCCUAUCAUUGACCGUCCAAGCCAGAACAGAUACAGCAACAGCAACAGCAACAAUACGAAUACACAUAGUCAUAAUAAUAAUAAUAAUAAUAAUAGACCUCACCCAGUGGCCGGUAUAAUGGACAUCAUCCAACAGAGUAGACCACGAAUGCAGUACACUUUUGACCAGCAGACUCCUUUUGACACAAUAGAAAAAUGCUCCUAUUCACAAGAAAAUGAUGCGGCCGCACUUUUCCCAGAAGUACUUGGGCGCCGACCUCAACCCGAAAGACAGCUUCCAGCAUACGUAUUGAACCAUCGCCUGUCAGCCCAGAUCAGUUCGAGCAAUGCAAGCAAUUAUUACCAGCAAAGGCCAGAAGGAGCAUCGACAAUACCAUUAACAUCAUCUUAUCUCACCAGCACGAAUUAUGGCUCAGGACACACUUCUCCCCGGGUUGCCAAAAUCCUGUCUCGUUUUGGUGUACUAGAGAAUUCUCCAAAGCAAUCAUCUACACGCUACAUUUGA